AUGUUCGCCAAGGCUAUUACCGUCUUCGCUGGCCUCGUCGCCUUUGCAUCGGCCCACCAGAACAUGGUCAACCCUCCUCCCUUCCCGGGCACCAUCUCCUCUCCGCUUGAGGACUCUGGUAGCAACUUCCCUUGCCAGGCCACCAAUGCCCAGUUCUUCACUGGUGGUGCUGGCACCACCUGGGCCCUUGGCUCGAAGCAGACGCUCAAGACUGCGGGCACUGCCGUCCACGGUGGCGGUUCUGCUCAGUUCUCCAUGACCUACGACCUCAGCCCUUCCAAGGAUACCAAGUGGAAGGUCAUCCACACUGUUCAGGGUGGCAUGCCCGCCCGUGGCCUCAACGGCAACCGCGAAGGCAACAGUGCAUCCGCCACCAACCCCGACACUUACGACUUCACCAUCCCGACCGACAUCCCCGCUGGUGAUGCCAUCUUCUCCUGGUCGUGGGUCAACCGUAUCGGCAACCGCGAGUUCUACCAGUUCUGCUCGCCCAUCACUCUGACCGGCACUGGCGGUUCCCAGGCCAACUUCGAUGCUCUUCCUGACAUGGUUGUUCUCAACAUCAUGGGCAAGGCCAAGACCGUCGAGAGCAACGAUGUCGAGUUCGCCAACCCCGGUGCGUCCGUCGAGAACAACAUUGGCGCUUUCGGCUUCCCCCACGAGCUUUGCUGCGAUGCUGGCUGUGGCGACUCUGUCUGCAAGCGUACCGAUGGCGGCUCUGGCGGCGCUCCUGCGCCUGUGCCGUCUUCCCCUGCUGCUUCCCAGCCUACUGCGACCCUGCCCGGUGGCGUCUUCAUCACCGUGCCUCCGAGCGCCGGCUCUCCCGCUCCUCAGCCCUCGGCUCCCUCUGCCCCUACUCCCUCCGCCCCGGCUGCCGUCCCGACUUCGACCAUUGUCGAGCCCCCUGCCGCUACGCCUACUGCCCCCUCCAACCCUCCCGUUGGUGGUCUCCUUCCCCCGGCCGCAGGAUCUGCUCUCACUGGUGCUUGCAGCACUGAGGGUGAGUGGAACUGCAUUGAUGGCAAGUCCUUCCAGCAGUGCGCUUCUGGCACCUGGUCAGUUGCCAUGGCCGUGGCUGGCGGCACGACCUGCCAGACGGGCCAGUCCUCAGCACUCUCGAUCGCCGCCAUCAAUGGCAAGCGCGUUGUCCGCGCCUUCCGUGCUUAG